UUAUUCCUUAUCUCCUCCAUCCUUCUCUCUCCUUCCUUUCUUCAUUCAUACCCCCCACCACCACCAGGCCACCUCUUUCUAUCUCUCUCCUUCCUUCUUCCAUUUGACCAUUUCAGAUCUGGACACCACAGCCAUGGAGGAGAAGCAAAGGCACAGUGGCGGCGGCCGGCGAGCGGAGGCGGACGUCGGGGCAGGGCGAUUGGCAAUUCGAGGAGGAGAAGCAGGGGGUCUCGAGGUGGAUGGCGACGUGGCGACGGAGGCGAGGUGGACAGUGGCUUGCUCCGCUACGGGAAGGAGGCGUACGGACGGCAUGGCAUUGACUGCGAUUGGAAGGAGGCGAACGAUGAUAUGCAGGGAGAGCGAUGUGGACGGCGACACGGCGGCGGAGGCGAGGUGGACGGCGACGUGGUGGACGGAGGUGAGGUGGGCGAUGUAGGUAUGCUUGUUGGCUAUGGCGGUGAUGAGAGUGUAGAGGAUGAGGAGUGAAAA